AUCGAAUGUCCUUCACCCGGUCCAUUGGAUCGUUACGAUUAUUUUCCAGUACGAUUCACAACAUGGACAGCUCUUCAUAUCUGGGGCCUGUUGAGAAGUCGAUUCGGGACAAGCUCACUUCUCAGUUUCAACCUGCUUCAUUGACAGUUACGAAUGACUCUUGGCAGCAUCGUCAUCAUACUGCCAUGCGCAGUCAAGGCGGCGGAAACGGUGAAACGCACUUUUCUGUGCAGAUCGUCUCAAACGAUUUCAAAGGCAAGACUGCAAUGCAAAGACACCGUAUGAUCUACUCUGCCCUGUCCCAAGAGUUGUCCCAGGGUCUGCAUGCGCUUUCUUUGAAGGCCAAAACCGAGGAGGAAGUUGCAGUUUUUCUCUAUACCCGACCUGAGGGUGAUUUGUGCGAAAAGGGCAUCAUCUUACAUCAACCAACAACUUUACAUUGAACAAUUGAGUAAUCGAGGCAAGCCGUUGGAGAGGUGCCGAGUGACUCGCAGGAAGCACAGAGAACGCGUAGACACGAAACGAUGUGGUGGUAUGAACUGAGGAAUCUACAAACACGAUGCAACAUG